AUGGCUCAGAACGCUCCAGACGAGACACUUUCGCUACUCACUCGACUGAGCCAAAAGCCUGGCGUUCAGAGCACCCUGAUUCUGUCGCGCGAGAACGGCACCAUAAUACGCACUUCGGGCCUCAUAUCAAAUAGCUCGUCGGCGAAUCCAAACAGCACUCUACCGGCAUCCGGGGAAGCUGCAUCCGACAACUACUCGAACGGCAGGAAAGAAAGUGGGAUACACAGCGCUGAAGACGUUGCGAGCAUGGUCUGGUCAUUCUUGACAGCAGCAGGGAGCCUCGUAGACGAGCUGGACAAGGAUGAUGAGGUCAAGCUUCUCCGACUGCGGACAAAGAAGAACGAACUGGUCAUCGUGCCAGAUCCCAAGUUCAUUCUCGUCGCUAUUCACGAUACACCUCCAGCAUAG